AAAAAACAGUGCUUUAGGAUGCUGGAGCAAAGCAGCAGCGUAUCAUCAGGACCACAAGUCUGAGUAGGAUGGAGACACAGAGAGAGAUUUAAAUGGAGAAACAGCAGUGCCACCCUGAUAAAUCGGACCUCCAUAUGAUUACAAAGUGCUUUGCAUUUAAACGCAAACAGCACCACUUCUCUCUAAAGUAAUCCAUGACUGACAAUUAAUGUCAGACUGCCCGCUGGAGCAGCUUCAUGCUGCGUUGCUGGCUAGAACUCUGCUAAUGGAAAGAAAGCCUUAUAAGAUCCUGCUCUUCAAAAUACACCUAAAUGCAGCAUAAUGCCUUCAAAAGUGUCAUGUUUAUACUUGUUGACAGUGGUUUGCUGGGCGAGCGCUCUGUGGUACUUGAGUCUAUCUCGCCCGACAACUAAUUAUGUUGGCCACAUGUCCGUGCCUCUACGCAAGCCUGUGAAACCCCCCAAAAACAUCACCUUCACCAACAUCCGCACCCGCCCCCUUAACCCACAUGCCUUUGAGUUCGUCAUCAGUGAGGCCAAGAAGUGUGAAAGUGUCACACCCUUCCUGGUCAUCCUCAUCAGUACCACGCACAAAGAGUUCGAUGCCCGGCAGGCCAUCAGGGAGACCUGGGGGGACGAGAGCACCUUCACCGACAACCGCAUCCUCACCAUCUUUCUGCUGGGCAAGAACACAGAUCCCGUCCUCAACCAGAUGGUGGAGCAGGAGAGCCAGAUCUUUCAUGACAUUGUGGUGGAGAAUUUUAUAGAUUCGUACCACAACCUCACCUUAAAGACCAUUAUGGGCAUGCGCUGGGUGGCAACCUUCUGUCCUCAAGCGCAGUACAUCAUGAAAACAGACAGCGACAUCUUUGUUAACAUGGACAAUCUUCUCUUCAAGCUCCUCAAACCCACCACCAAGCCCAGGAGGAGAUACUUCACCGGCUAUGUCAUAAAUGGAGGCCCCAUUAGAGACAUGCGCAGUAAAUGGUACAUGUCCAGAGACUUGUAUCCUGAAAGUAGAUACCCGCCUUUCUGCUCGGGCACAGGCUAUGUGUUCUCUGCAGACGUAGCGGAACUCAUCUAUAAGACUUCUUUACACACAAGACUGUUGCACCUGGAGGAUGUUUACGUGGGACUGUGUUUGCGUAAGCUAGGUAUACACCCGUAUCAGAACAGUGGGUUUAAUCACUGGAAGAUGGCUUACAGUCUGUGCAGGUACAGACGAGUUAUCACCGUGCACCAGAUCUCCCCUGAGGAGAUGCAUCGCAUUUGGAAUGACAUGUCCAGCAAGAAGCACCUGAGAUGUUAGAGGAUAAGGACCUCUGAACAAAAAACGUUCUCUUUUCUUUUGCCUUUUCUCUCCUUUAAAAAAAAUCACCUCACUUAGUAAUGUAAAACAUCGAGGGCUGCUUUAAGUCUAAAUUUAAUAAUGACUGUAUCUUAAGUUGGACGACACAUCUACAACUCCUCAUGCACAAAAGUGAAGCCAAAAUUUCCCUGACAUCUUGCUGUAGUGACUUCAUUGGAGCCAACUCUUGGUAGUGAUUGGCUGGUGAAGCCACAGAUUUGAUGUCUUGCCCCUUCUGCUACCCAAACUAUAGACUGUAUGAAACACGGACAUGACCUCAGGCACCCAUUGGUUACUGGGGAGGUGUUAUGGAGAAAUUCUGACUCCAACUAACUUCCAGCCAAUCUUAAAUCUGGCAAAGAGGCAGAGUUGAGGCUAUAGCCUGACAACUUACCUGUCUAUGGAGCUACAGGUUUUGCACUUUUGCAUUGGCUCUCUUAUUCAACACCAGGGGUAGCUGUUUGCCCAAAAAUACAUAUUUAACCUAAUGAUAAAGAGGCAAAAGCAAUUACGGUUGAUACAGUCUUCAGAAGGACAGCUUCUUGUCGUGGUUUGAAGCAGACACUUGCAGUUAGGGUUACUUUAAAGGUGACAUAUCAUGCAAAAUUGACUUUUUAAUGGUUCUCUACCUGAAAUAUGUGCCCCUGGCAUGUCUAUAAACCCCCCGAAAAUGAAAAAAACACAUUCUGCCCCUGUUUUGAUUUCUCCACCUUUCUGUAAAUGUGUGCUGAAACAAGCCGGAGGGGGCGUGGUCAGACAGCUCAUUCUCAUUUAAAGGCACAGACACAGAAAACAGCCUGUUCUGAGCAGGGCUGAAAAAAAGGGGUUUACAGGCAUGCCAAAAUCUGAUUUCAACGUGUUUUUUAGAGCAAUAAACUUUAAAGACAUGUUUUGGGGACCUAUUAGACCAAUAUAUUUUGACACCUUUAAAGGCAAUAGUUUGUGUAAUGUUCAUUAUGUCUCCUCCUGCCUUACCUCCUAACACAGCAGGAGCACUGUUGGUCAACAAAGCUGUCAAUCAUGACAUUACACCCCCUUUUGAAAGCCCAAAAAUGUAUUUGGUAUGCAUUUUGCUUUUAAAGUUUUGACCAAUAUCCCACCUGUUAACAUUAAAGAGGUGGGCUUUAUGACCUGUACUGCAGCAAGCCACCAUGGGCAUUGAAAAUGUUUUGGCCUCACUUUGGGGGAACCGUCGUGUCAUCUGCCUUUUUAUACAGUCUUUGCUAUUUCAUGACAGCUGUUUCAUUCAAUUCUAUAUGCGUCUAUCUCUGCUGAUUACACUUGAUGAUUGUUAACGCCUGCAUGAGGCUUGUACAGCGUGUAUUCUUCUCAUACAUCAUUCUAAUGUGGUGUUACUGAAACUCAUUCUUCCUCAUGGACUCUUAACAUAAGCGGUCUAUUCUUUACAAGCAUAAAGUCAAUCAGCGUUAAGCAUUAUGAUGUGUGGCCUAACAGAAAGUACUGACUUUAGCUCAAGCCCUCACGGCGGAAACCUUCAGUCCCGCUAAAGUGUCCUUGAGAAAGACACUAAAUCUGUACCAGCUGCACGGCUGCUGACUCAGCACCCUGAUCUUCCUGCAGAAGUGCAAGCCUAAAGGGAAUUUCUAUGCUGUAAUCAAUGAAGCAUUAAAUUACAGUAAAAUAUCUGUGAUAGUAUACAUUUAGGAAGCUGUUAUUUGGAAAUGAAACAAAUUUUCUUGAACACAGAGAGGGAAAGUUUAUCGAACCAACAGGUUGUGUGUGGAGAUUAAAUCUAGCCCAAGCUGCUCCUCCUUAAUUGUAUUUACACAGUCAGAUAUAUAAAGCUAAAAUGAAUGAACCACAGUUCUCUAGCAUUAGGUUUAAUAAAGACACAUAGUUGACUUUGCUGGAUGAUCUCAUUUUCUUACAAAUUUGCCUGAUGUUUUUGUUUACACACAUUUCACUGCCUAUGAAAAUGUAUUUUGUUUUCAAUCUAACAUUUCCGACAUAUUUAUACUUGUGGUAAAUGUGUUUCUCAGCUACCAGCUCUUCAUUACUCCAGCUGCUGCUCUUUUUUUUUAUGUAGGCAGUAAGUCGGCAUCUAUUUCAGACCAUCAACUCCUCCACACAUUAGAGAAAUACAGCAUCACAACGUGCAAGUCUGAGUUGAAGUGUAGCUAAGACCAUUACAGACUGGAUGUAUUAUCAUAUGUAUCUUGCAUAUCAGUAAUUACUGAAGCACUGCUACUGACAUCACGGGGAAAUCAUUGUGUGUCUCAGAAAUUGUGGCUUUCAUGGCCAAAUGUUUUCUUUUUCUCAGAAGUUUUGUAGUAUUAUAAGCUAAUGUGACAUUAACUGUGAAAGCAUCUAUCCCGCAAGGGGUUGUUGUUAUAUAUUGUAUGUUUUUUAUAUUAAAAAACAAAUACUUGAAUAAUUAAAGUUAUAUAACUGCUUUUACUUGUUGCCUGUUUUGGGUUCUCUGUUACAGAUCUCCAGAGGGUUAUGCUUGGUUUAUGUGAGGUUUCUUUUAUGUUUUGUUUUCAUUGUUUUUGUAAUUAAAGAGCAGGGUCUCUUAUAGUGCUGGCAUAAGGA